CUCUGCUCUCAACGUCAUCUUCUAUAUUCUAUAGUUUCUAUUUGUCCUUCGUUCUCUGCUCAUCCAUCGAUGGCGAAUAAUCAUCAUCCCAAGGAUGAGGCUUAUCUCUCAUCCGUCAUCCCCAAGCGUAUCAGGCUCUUCGAGGAAAUCCAAGCCGAGCAGCUUGAGCAGCUUCAAUCUCGGCCACACGAUCCAAUCAAGAUUACUCUUCUCCCCGACGGUAUCGAGAAAGAAGGAAGGAGAUGGGAGACCUCUCCAAUGGACAUCGCAGUGCAGAUUUCUAAGGGUUUAGCAAAAUCUGCUCUGGUUUCUUCGGUUAAUCAUGUCUUGUGGGACAUGAAUAGGCCCCUGGAAGGUGAUUGUUCCUUAGAGAUUUUCGGAUUUGACAGCGACCAAGGCCGUAAUACUUUCUGGCAUUCUAGCGCCCACAUUCUAGGCCAGGCUCUCGAGCAGGAGUAUGGAUGCAAGCUAUGUAUUGGACCCUGCGAACCCAGAGAUGAAGGCUUCUAUUACGAUUCACUUUAUUAUGGCGAGCUGGGAUUAAACGACAAUCAUUUUCCAAACAUCGAAGCAAAAUUACCCAUUAGAAUGGCCGAAUUUGGAGUGUUACACCGAAAUGAGGACAGUGGAGCACUUGGUGGAAUGACCCGUGUCCGACGGUUUGUACAGGAUGAUGCACACAUAUUCUGUAGAGUGGAUCAGGUUGAGGAAGAAGUGAAGGGUGUGUUGGAUUUCAUUGACUAUGUUUACAGAAUAUUUGGGUUUACCUAUGAACUAACGCUUUCAACGAGGCCAAAGGAUCACAUUGGAGAUUUGGAAACAUGGGCUAAAGCUGAAAAUGAUCUUGAAAAAGCUCUAGAUGAUUUUGGAAAGCCAUGGGUUAUAAAGGAAGGAGACGGUGCAUUUUAUGGCCCAAAGAUAGACAUAACAGUGUCUGAUGCCAGGAAUAGGAAAUUCCAGUGUGCUACUAUACAGCUUGAUUUUCAACUUCCGGCUUGCUUCAAACUGAAAUACCUAAGUGAAAAAAACGAAAUGGAGGCACCUGUGAUGAUACAUAGUGCGGUGUUGGGAUCUAUUGAGCGUAUGUUUGCCAUAUUGUUGGAACAUUACAAAGGAAUUUGGCCCUUCUGGCUUAGUCCCCGCCAGGCCAUAGUUUGCUCUCUUUCAGAGGAUUGUAGUUCCUAUGCCAAACAGGUACAAAAACAGAUUAAUGAAGUCGGGUACUAUGUUGAUAUUGAUGAAAGUGACAGAAGCCUCCGUAAAAAGGUGGCAGAUGCUCGGGAUGCACCAUACAACUACAUACUGGUCGUAGGUCAAAAAGAGGUUGCAACUGGACAGGUGACAGUUCGGCUCAGAGAGGACCCUGAAGGCCGUAAAGACUUGCCAGAGAUGAGCAUCGAAAGUUUGCUUGAUGAAUUCAAGUUCAAGACAGUCAACUUCCUCUGAGAUCCGAUGUUUAUGGUUUAAAAUUUCAUUUUUCUGUUGAUGAUGAAUGUAUUUCUUUUAUAAUGGUCUUUUUCAUUGUACCAAGACACAUUUUGGAAUAAAAUGUACUAUUGAAGUAUAAUCAACCAAUUAUCAAAAUAAAAUCUCGAC